AUGGCGAUCAUGACGAGGAAGCGGCGGCGCAUGAUGGCGGAAGCGGCGGCGGUGGCGAUGACAGCGGUCCUGCCGGAGGAUCUUAUGAUCGAGAUCCUGGCUAGGGUUAGGGUUAGCAACCCCUUGCAAUUGAGAUGCGUGUGCAAGCGGUGGAAAUCGUUGGUGGUGGAUCCCCAAUUCGUGAAGAAACACCUCCACAAAUCGUUCUCAGACAUCACGGAUCUUGCCUCCAAAGCCAUGGAGGAUAUGAAUGCGUUUCAAUUGCAGCUCAAUUACGCCCCUGCAUUUGCUGAACAACAGCAAGAAGAUGAAGAAGAAGAAGAAGAAGAAGAAGAAGAAGGCGAGGAGGGAGAUGAAGAAGAAGGAGAAGAAGAAGAAGAGGAGGAGGAAGAAGAAGAUGCGCAUUCGUUGGUGAACGAGUUGGCUCAGUUGGAUAACAUGUUGGUGGUGGUUCGUUCUCUCAAAGGGAGUUUGGAAACGAUCAAGGUUGAUGUGCAAGCCAUCAAGGAGAGAGUGAAGUGUCUUCAGAGUUUUCUGCAAAUUUAUCUCAAGACAACAGCUUCUUCUUCUUCUUCUAAUUCGCACUCUAUGUGA